AUGGCUUCCAGAAUACUCCCCUUCACCCUCCGGCAGGCCGGCCGCCAGUCUCUCCCACAGUUCUCUUCGCGGCAAUGUCGAACACUCACAACUGCAUCGCCUCUCAUGAGCGAUGUUCUCCACGUCCACCGAAACACUCCUACCAAUAACCCAACCAUUCCCUUCAAGUUCUCCCAGGAAAAUCUUACCGUCAUCGAUGAGAUCCUUAAGCGCUAUCCUCCUCAGUAUAAGAAGGCUGCCGUCAUGCCUCUAUUGGACCUUGGACAGCGGCAGCACGGAUAUACCAGCAUCAGCGUGAUGAACGAGGUUGCACGCAUGCUGGAAAUGCCACCCAUGCGAGUAUACGAGGUUGCUACCUUUUAUACCAUGUACAACCGUGAGCCAGUCGGAAAGUACUUUGUCCAGAUAUGUACUACCACACCAUGCCAGCUCGGUGGCUGUGGAAGUGACAAGAUUGUCAAGGCCAUAACGGAACAUCUCGGCGUAUCGUCGCACGGCGCAACAACCCCAGAUGGCAUCUUCACCGUUCUCGAAGUCGAAUGUCUCGGAGCUUGCGUGAAUGCGCCAAUGGUUCAGAUCAACGACGACUACUACGAGGAUCUCACACCCGAAUCCACUAUCCAGCUGCUUGAUGCUCUCCGAGCUAGUGCCGUUGCUGCUGAGAAUGGAACACAGUCCAGUGUAAAGGUCCCACCACCAGGACCCUUGAGUGGCAGACAUACUUGUGAAAACAGCGCUGGGUUGACAAGCUUGACGGAGCCACUCUGGGGGAAUGAGACCUUGAGAAAAGACGGGGAAUUGUAA